AUGUCAUUUGAUCCUGUUCACGAUAGCAUUGAGGCAAACAAGGACACAGAGGAGCAUACCGUGAAGGCAGAAAUUUCUGACGAUGCCUCGGUCUCUGGUAGUUCUAGUGCUUCCAAGCAUACCGCUUCACUCACAUCCCUUCUAAAUCCUACGAACAUACCCGCUGCGAAGAAGGGAACCAAAAUAUCUGAUUUACUUGUGGGCCCUCCAUCCCAGCCAGAAGUUAAUGUGACCAAAAAGAAGAAACGGAAACCCUUCUUGAAAGAUAUCUCCAAAGACGCCGAGCAGAAAGAGUAUCGAAGCUAUCAGACUCUCCUGAUAAACUCACGUUCCAGGCAUCUAAAGAAGGAUGACGGUGAGCCUUAUUGGAGGCACGAGAUCCAAUUUGAGUUUCUAAUGAGACUAUUCUUCAACAAUAAGCGUGCUUUCAAAAACCCGUAUUAUGAAGCCGGAGUGUCAUAUCAAUGGCCUGAUCAUUUCAAGUGGGCUCGCAAUGAUGACGGUUCCGUAUGUCAGAAUGAUGGUAAGAUGUUGACUUUUUUUGAGCUCUACUUGAUUACACUUUUGAAGUCCAGUAAAAUCUCCAAGAUCUUGAAAGACAGAUUACUGUUAGACAUUAAUUAUGCUUUAAAUUUCUGCGUGAUCUGUUUGCUGGUCAACAUUGGACGGUUGAAUACCACGGUCAACUUUGAUUAUGAAAUGAAAUCUCAAUUUCGUACCUAUCAUUGCAUUCCCUCUUUACAGGUCGGCUCACAUCUCCCUAUCAUUGAAAAAUACUACAAUAUCGACGAGUCUGCCAUCAAACUUAGACUGAUUGAAGAAGACGGUAUAGUAGUUACAGGAGAGAACUCAGCUAAAGCUACUAACUCUUCCACUCGUUCUUCUACUUUGCCUUCGUAUGCGUCCGUCCGUGGCGGAAGUGGCUACACUAUCUCUACAGUGAAACAGCUUCAAGAUACACCACGUAUCAAAUCGAUUCUUAAGUCAAUCAAUGAUCUAAACACUGAAAUUCCCAAAAGUUACAAAGAAUUUGUUGUUGGUUUAUCUUUGGGGAACAAGUAUAACUUGAACAUUGUUAGUCUUAUUUUCCUUCUUUGCGUUCAUGAGGUUGAAAUUUGCAAGGCUUUCUUUCCGGAGCCCGCUGAAUUAAGUGAAGAUGAACGUGAACAGUUGAAUAAUGACGAUCCAGUUUCUUCCGGUUCCUUGUUUAAUGAUAUCUGGCUUCAGCAGGAUGUUCGACCGGAGGAUAAGGUAGAUCGGUUUUUGUGGUUGAUAUAUCUCUUCAAAGAGACCGAAUUUAAAAGUGAGAAGAUGCAGAAAAAUCCUUUCAACAAGCCUGGAGUUUCCACAGAACUUUUAGAGUUUAAUCCAAAUGCUGAAAUGUCAGAAGAGAUUGCUACAAACAACAAAUACAUUCUCGGAAAGACAAGGAGUAUCGUUCCCGAACUUCACUAUAUUGAUAGAGGCUAUCGGAAGGCAGAUCCUGUACUUAACGAUGAGGAUACAGAUUCUGAAAAGUCGUUUGGUGAGAAGAUGAAAGCUUUAAGACUCACGUUUGUUUCAAAGGAGUAUUCGUCAGAUUCACACAGGGUGGAGCUGUCAACUCCUCCAUCGUCAGCUUCAUCUACUGCUGUUUCUACUGUUGCUAGUGGUACUACUGCUGUUUCAUCAACGGAAAAGGAGUCGAAUGCAACCGAGGCCAUGCCAGCUGAUGCCAAAACAGUACUUUCGAAGCCUGCUUUGACGAUUGCUCCAAAGAGAAGAAGUACACGUGGAAGUGCUGCCAAAGAGGCAAAGAAAAUAUCUGAACCUCUCAAAGUGCAUGCUAGUGCUGAUUUGCGCCGUGGAACAGAAGAGGCCGGGAAAAGAAGAAGGGUUUCUGUUAGGCCUUCGUCAAUAGAGUCCAGAUUGAAGCGUAGAACCGGCAUUGAAUCUGUGGAAGCAGGAGCAGCGGAUCCAUAUGAGCUUGAGAUUAUAGAAGAAAGCUAUGAAAAAUCCAUUAAAAGAAGAAGAAAAAAUGGUAUAAGUUUGCCAAUUCGACUUUCUAGAUCACAGAUUGAGUCACUGCUCAAUAGUGAAAUCAAAGCAAUCAACAGCAACUCAAAGAAUGCCACUUCGAAAAGGCAUAGAAACAAUGUGUAUUCCUUGUUCAUGAAAGAUCUGCUGGAUUAUAAGAUGGACCAAAUUCAGGAUCUACGCAUAACCGAGGGGAACCUAAAAAGAUAUUCUAAGAUCGACCCUAACAUGUUGAUAUGCGAGGCGGAGGGUGCUAAAGUGGAUGAAACGUCCAGUCAAUCCGAGCUUUAUGACUUCGGGGAGUUUAAGGUGCAUUAUUUCAAGGAGUUGAAUAGGAUAAACAUAUCGAUAGAUCAUAUGGAGUUGGUAAAACUGAGAGAUUCAAAGUUGAAGCACGACGAAAGAGUCAAGCGUUUCAAGGAGGCAACUUCUUUCAUCGACGAGGCUAUGAAGAAGUUGGAUGAUUAA